UGCUGGAGUCGGCAGGACUGGCUGUUUCAUUGUGAUAGAUGCCAUGUUAGAGAGAAUAAAGCAUGAAAAGACUGUAGAUAUUUAUGGCCACGUAACUCUAAUGAGAGCUCAGAGGAAUUACAUGGUUCAAACAGAGGACCAAUACAUCUUUAUCCAUGAUGCACUGCUGGAAGCAGUGACAUGUGGAAAUACCGAAGUGCCAGCCAGAAACCUGUAUGCAUAUAUUCAGAAGCUGACACAGAUAGAAACAGGAGAGAAUGUCACAGGAAUGGAACUGGAAUUUAAGCGUCUUGCUAGUUCUAAGGCUCACACUUCAAGAUUCAUCAGUGCCAAUCUUCCUUGUAAUAAAUUCAAGAAUCGCCUUGUCAAUAUUAUGCCAUAUGAGUCUACAAGAGUAUGCUUGCAGCCGAUCCGAGGAGUGGAAGGGUCUGAUUAUAUUAAUGCCAGUUUUGUCGAUGGAUACAGACAACAAAAAGCUUACAUAGCUACACAGGGUCCUUUGGCAGAAACAACUGAAGAUUUCUGGAGGAUGCUGUGGGAACAUAAUUCUACGAUUGUGGUCAUGCUUACUAAGUUACGAGAAAUGGGCAGAGAAAAAUGCCAUCAGUAUUGGCCUGCAGAGCGUUCAGCCAGAUAUCAGUAUUUUGUGGUAGAUCCAAUGGCAGAGUACAACAUGCCACAGUAUAUUCUAAGGGAAUUCAAAGUUACAGAUGCAAGGGAUGGCCAGUCCCGAACAGUGAGGCAGUUCCAGUUCACCGACUGGCCAGAACAAGGAGUGCCAAAGUCUGGAGAAGGAUUUAUUGACUUCAUAGGCCAAGUGCAUAAAACAAAAGAGCAGUUUGGUCAGGAUGGACCAAUCUCUGUUCACUGCAGUGCGGGUGUUGGAAGGACUGGAGUAUUCAUAACUCUGAGUAUUGUGUUGGAAAGAAUGAGAUACGAAGGUGUUGUAGAUAUCUUCCAGACUGUCAAAAUGUUAAGGACACAGCGGCCAGCCAUGGUACAGACAGAGGAUCAGUAUCAAUUCUGCUAUCGAGCCGCACUGGAAUAUCUGGGCAGCUUCGAUCACUAUGCAACAUAAAAACCCAUCCUGGAUUUUUAUUGCAGGCCCUUCAAGAUCCAGAGAGCCGCUUCUGAGCCAUACAAUGUGCUUUAGAAGUACUUCUUAGCUCUUAGCUAUGGAGCAAUUAUUGGGGAUAUAUAAAAUAAAUUAAAAAAAAAAAAAAAAUGGGGAUAUUUAAAAACAAAACAGACCCAACAAUUCCAUGUGGACCAAGAAUUCACAGUUUAAUAACCUAACCAUAAUAAAAGAAUCCUGACCACUGAGGCGUCUGAAGGAUCUCAUUUACAGAUACCUCAAGGGUUCAACAUUAUUUGAAGUCAAAGGGAAGAGGAAAUAGUUGGAAAGAGCAACCAUCUUGUUUAGGCCUGCAUGCCUUUUGCAAAGAGGAAUUCUGAGAACUGCAAUUCAGCACAAGAUAUUUGUCGAAAGGUCAGGACCUGGCUUCAAGACAAAGCAGACUCUUUACUUCAACAGUACCCCUUCCCAUCGUAUUGCUCAUGAUAACACUUUAGAGAAAAUGUGAGAAUGUUUAAAAAGAAAGUCCUUGAUUUAGUUUUUUAGUAUUGUAAAGAUACUGCUGACCUGUGCUUCAUUUUUAACUGUGUAAACUUUUUCCUUUUUUUAACAAGAGUUUAUCAUUCAAUGAAGUGAAUUAAAGAAAAGGUUGCAUAACUGUUAAUUUUUUUUUGUUUAAAAACUGUAAUUUUUUUUUAAUCUGUAGAACUCUUAUCUGUAAUAUUGUGC